AUGUUGGCGUUGUUAUUUCUUCUUCUCGGGGUGAUCUGCCCUACCCUUGCCCAUCCGGUGCCUAGAGCUACUCUGAAUAGACUGUAUCGCAGAGAUAUCUCUCCAUCUCUUCUGACGGAGUUCAACCGCUUCUCGCAGUUCUCGGCUGCGGCCAAUUGCCAGGCGAACCAUAAUGCCUCCUCGACGGGGUCGGCUGUCUAUUGCGAUUCGGGGUUUUGCGAGACCAUCCGCGAAUCGAGUACGCAGAUCAUUGAUGGAUUUGAGGAGAUCAAGCCUGGCGGUACCACCGGAUACCUCGCUCUGGAGCACACGAACAAAUACAUCGUCUUGAGCUUCCGUGGGACUGUCUCUCAUGCGAACAGCAAUGCUGACUUGGACUUCUUACAAACGGACGCAUCGACUGCCUGCAAGGGAUGCAGAGCACACCAUGGGUUCUGGUCAGCAGCACAGAGCGCUAUGGACAUUCUCCUGCCCAAGGUGGAGGAGGCAUUGCAAGAGAACCCGGACUAUCGGAUCGUCCUGACGGGACACAGUCUUGGUGGCGCCCUGGCUACCCUGGGAGCUGUUACCUUGCGGAAUGCGGGACAUACGGUCGACUUGUAUUCCUUCGGCGCCCCAUCCGUGGGUAAUAAGGCGUUCGCCGAGUACAUCACCCAGUCAACUGCCGGCAAGAACUAUCGCAUCACCCACACCAGCGACGAAGUACCCAAGGUGCUCUUCCGGUUGUCCCGGCAGAAGCCCCUGAAGCUUCUAGUCCCCGAGUACAGUCAGUCCUCGCCGGAAUACUGGAUCACGUCGCCCAAUGGCGUGUCGGUGACGAAGUCUGAUAUCCAGGUGAUUGAGGGAAUCAACAAUGAAGCUGGUAACUUGGGUACCAAGGAAGUCACCAUGGAACCUCAUGGAUGGUACAUGGGUAAUACGAGUGUGGAAUCCGCAGCGUACUAUAACCUCGGUUCGCAUCGGCGUUCCGUGACCACAUCCUCGCCAGAAGCUCAGCUCUGGUUUAACCGCGGAUUUCUCUGGGCCUAUUCGUUCAACCAUGAUGAGGCGCAGCGCUGCUUCGAGCGGGCCACCGAACACGACCCCAAAUGCGCCAUGGCGUUCUGGGGGAUCGCCUAUGCGGUCGGUCCGAACUACAACAAGGCAUGGCACUUCUUCGACAUGGCAGACCGUCAGCACACAGUGAAAAAGGCCAACGACGCGUUGACACGGGCCACCGAGCUGGCGAGCGAUGCCACCCCCGUGGAACGGGAGUUAAUCAAAGCGCUCACAGCCCGAUUCCCACCGUCCGACAAGAUCCCGUCCGACAUGGGGCCGCUGGACCGUGCGUAUGCGGCCGCGAUGCGACCGGUGUAUCAAGCCUACAGUAGCGACCUGGAUGUGUCCGCGUUAUUUGGCGAAGCGCUCAUGUGCAUCAGCCCCCGGGGACUCUGGGAUUUGGACACCGGCAAGCCCAGCGGCGACCACACCGUGGAGGCUCAGAUGGUGAUCGAAUCCGCAAUGGCACAGAGCAUCGAAGGUCGCGACCAUCCGGCCCAUUGCCAUCUCUACAUUCAUCUGAUGGAAAUGUCGCCAAUCUCAGAGCGAGCAUUACCAGCUGCCGACCGGCUUCGUCGCCUGGUGCCAGAUGCCGCCCACAUGUUGCACAUGCCUACGCAUAUCGACAUGGCGGUUGGUGAUUAUCGCCGCGCGGUCGACUCCAACGAGGAGGCCAUCAUCGCCGAUGACAAGUAUUUCAACCGCGAGCGCGGGUCAGCCCUGUACGUAGCGUAUCGGGUGCACAACAUCUGUGCCAAGCUGUAUGCGGCCUUCAUCUCGGGCCGCUUUCAAGAAUCGCUAUCGGCGGCGAAGAAGCUCGAACAGAUUAUCGAUAUCAAUGUGUUAACAAGCACUAGCCCUCCGAUGGCGGACUGGACCGAGAGCUUUCUCGGAAACUUAGCCCAUGUGUAUGUCCGCUUUGGUCGCUGGGAGGAUAUCUUACGCCUCGAGCUUCCCGCUGACCCUGCCGUGUACUGCGCAACAACGGCCAACAUACUGUACGCACGCGGUGUCGCCUUCAGCGCCCUCGGCCGCGUCUCAGAAGCAGAGGCUGCCCAGAAACAAUUUGAGGCGGCGCGUGCCACGGUCCCGCCUUCCCGGCUGAACAGCAUCCCCUGUAAAGAGGUCGACGUUCUCAAGGUCGGUUCGGAGAUGCUCAGUGGCGAGCUAGAAUAUCGCAAGGGCAACCACGAGGCCGCGUUUGCCCACCUUCGAAAAGCGAUUGAGCUGGAAGACGCGCUCCCCUAUUCGGACCCGCCGCCAUGGAUGCAGCCCGUGCGUCAUGCCUUGGGGGGGCUGCUGCUGGAGCAAAACCGUAUCGAAGAGGCAGAGCAGGUCUUCCGAGAGGACCUGGGGCUCGCGAAAGAUUUUCCUCGUCGCAAGGCGCGACUGAAUAAUGUCUGGGGCUUACACGGGCUGCAUGAGUGCCUGGUGCGCUUGGGCAAGUUCGAUGAAGCUCUCAGCAUCCAGGUCCAGCGCGAUAUUGCCGUCGGUUCCGCUGACGUUCCUAUUACCAGCUCUUGCUACUGUCGCUUAUCCGCAGUCGGGAAAGCGGAAACGUGCUGUUCUUCUCAUAUUUGA